UCUGUGGCACUCUCACUGCGGGCGGAACCUGCUGAUUGACGAGGUCUCUGCCAGCAGGACUCUGAGUAUUUUUGCUUUUCCCCACAGGCGUUGUCUGCUGCAGACUUGAGCAGCGCUGCUCAAGCCAUGGAGGGAGUGUGUGCUGCAGUUUGCACAGCUUUUUCCGUGGCUUAUUCUGGGUACUUUCUCACCCACCUGGCACGUAAGUAGAUAUUGCAGCAUAUGGAAACCAAAGUGCCACCAGGAGGCCUUUGGUUGGGUAAAGCCACUGUCAACAGCUCCAGCCAAGAAGGAGGUGUCUCUAGCCAGCAGGGAGUGGGCAGCAUUUGUAAUGUGGCCUGCAGGGGCUCCGCUUCUCCCAUGGCACAGCAUGUGGUAAUGGAGUCUGCAGUCCCCUCAGUUUGCUGGCUCAAGGAAGACAACUUCCAAGAUAGGAAGAGUGGGAGAGCUUGUCAGGAGUCCUUGUAAAAGCUGUGCACUGCUCUCCAGGACUGAGGGAAUGUCCCUCAGUUCAAGUCUUCUCUGCAUUCCCUCAUCCCAGCAUGUGCCUGUGGAACUUGACACUUCCUGCACAUUAAAAGAGCCAUUUGUUCUGUAAAGAAAUUACAGAAUCAGCUCGGAAAAGGCCUCUGAGAUAGACAUUUCAGAGGAGUUCUUGUAUGCUCCUGAACACAGGAGCUGUUCCCGUGCUGUGUCACAAUAGAACUGCCACCAUGGCUAAGGGGCACUUGGGUGAAGCUUUUCUGGGGAAAGCUUUUCAGUGGGCUCAUGGCAAUUGCUGCAUGCAAUCUCCUGAGAAAACUGAAGCACAGGAAAAGGAGGAGCUGUAGCUCCUGCUGGGUGGGGCAGAAGCACUGACUGUUACAGAACCACUGGGACUUUCUCAGUCCCAGGUUUCUAUGGGUUGAGUGGCCAAAGAGGACAAAAGGUAGACAUCAGGCAGUAUUUUGUGCUGUUGAUGUGCUUGCUGUGUGACACAGGGGUUGCAGCUGGAGUGAUGUAGUGAAAGCAGAAUGCUCUGUCUUUGGGUUGACUUUUUGGUGGGCUUGCCCAGCACAGGCAGUUUUCUUUCAGCAUCUGGUUGUUUUUCCCUUGUGUGUUGCAGGUCACAUCACCCAUGCCUGGAGAGAAUCCGGUCUUUGGAGCCCAACACCAACCUCGGAGGCUCCUCUGGCUAUGUGUCUUCCUGCGGAAAAGGCCAAAGAGGAGGAAGAUGCUCCCCAAACUGCACCUGCUGCCACUGCAGGGCCUGAGCAUCCAGCAUCAGUAAGUGGCAGCUCUGGGUAGUGCUGUGGCUACAGCAAAGCAUAGCUGCAAGUUUCUGAUCAGACAGCACCUCCCGUGCCUGGCUGAAGAUGGUGAGGGCUGGAAUCAUUCCAGCCCUUCCCCCAGUCAGUUAGGCUUGGAAAAGGGGAGUGGAACUUGGAUUGUUCAGACAUCUGAACAGUAGGCAGUAGGCACCUUCCUACUGUUCUGAAAGGGGCUGUGAAUUUGUCUUAGCAAGAGACAAGAGGUAGCAUUAAGAUGUCUUUGGAUGCUCCUGGGGUACAAGUGAGGCCCGUGGUGGCCAGUGGCUGUGCAGGCUCCCUGUCCCCUGUGAGGAGAGCAGUGCAAAUAUGCAGUUCAAAAGCUUGCAGGAUAUGAGGUGGCACUGUCCCCAGGAGGGACCUGGCCCUCCCCACAGAGCAGCUGUCAGUAGCUAAAGGAAGAGCUGAGCUGCAGCAGGGCCUGUAGCUGAAUAUAGGUAAGGUUGUGAAUGACAGGUUCUUUCCUGUCCCUCGUGCUGCUGACUGUCCACAGAGCACAAGGGCAGCGUCAGCACCUGCUCUGGCUGCCUCUGUACCCGAGGAAGAGGCUGAAGAGGAGGAAGGUGCCAAUGAACCUGGCCCUGCUGUCAGCCCAGGGCUGGAGCAAACAACACCAGUAAGUGCCCCCUUUGAGUAGCAGUGUCUUUGGUGUCAUUUUGUCCGUCAUGUAAAAGCAGCCUUGGGAUUUUGUGCCUUGAGCUGUUGAAGCAAGCUGCACAAGCUGGGAGGUGAAGAGCCCUGGGUGUGGCCAGCAGUAUCUUCCUAGGGGUGUGCAUUUGAAAUGAGAUGGGAGGGGCAUCUCUGCCAGGCACAUUUGUGACCCAAAUUCAUUUCUUGUCCCAGAGCUCCACCUCCUCUGUCCUGGCAGCUGCAGGAGCUGCAGCUGAAGGCUGGGAAGAAGGCUCCAGUGCCCAGGCUGGAAGCUCAAGCACGAGCAGCUCGUGCACCUGGAGCACGACUAGCUCCUCUGGCAGCAGAGAGCAGCAGCGAGAGAGCACAGAGGACAAGUGCCUGGCCGUGCUGAAGAUGCUGGUGAGCAAGGGAGAUCCUGAGGCGAAAUACACAGAAGUGGAAACUCUUGGCAAAGGGGGUUUCGGCACCGUGUGCAUGGCAGUGGAGUCUGCCACAGGAGAAGAGGUGGCCAUCAAGAAAAUUAGUCUCCUGCAAGAGAGCAGCAGUGAGCUGUGCCUGAAUGAAAUCCAGGUCAUGCGUGGCACUAAGAAUGCCAACCUUGUGAACUAUGUAGACAGCUACCUGGUGGACGAGGAACUCUGGCUCGUGAUGGAAUACAUGGACGGAGGUUCUUUACAUGAUGUCAUCAGGGAGACUCACAUGGCAGAAGGAGAGAUAGCAGCUGUCUCUCGGGAGUGCCUGCAAGGCCUGGAUUUCCUGCACUCCAAUCAAGUGAUCCACCGCGAUAUCAAAAGCCACAACAUUCUCCUGGGCUUGGAUGGAUCUGUCAAGUUGGCUGAUUUUGGCCUUGCUGCUCAGCUCACUGCUGAGCAGAGCAAACGGAGAUCAGCUGUUGGGACUACUUACUGGAUGGCGCCAGAAAUUUUCACCAGGAAGCCCUAUGGCCCCAAAGUGGACAUCUGGUCCUUUGGAAUUGUGGGGAUCGAGAUGGUGGAAGGAGCGCCUCCGUACCUGAUGAAAACCUCCCGCACGGUACGCUGCAGCUGCUUUCAGAUACUGCUGUCACCCUGACAAAAUCUGCUCCCAUCCUUCUGCCUGGGAAGCUUGCAAACACCUGAAAAUGAUAGGUUCCAGGCUGCACAGUCUCUUGUGCUUCUUGGCCAGAUCAUCCCCUUGCCAUUUUUGUGCAUGAACAACACCAAAAAAUCGUGAUGCCUUUUGCUUGGCAGAAGCUUUGAUCAGGGAGCAGGGAGCAGUGCUGAGCUGCAUUUUGUGGAAUAAUCCUUGGAAAUAGUAGAAUAAGAUGGAAGUCCUUCUUUUAAAAUGCCUGAAGAGGUGGUGUCAGUGCUCAGAGAAGCAAAGUGUGCUGUUGCUGAUGGAGCUGCUGCUAAUUCCAGCAGCCAGUGAAAUCAGGGGUCAAGGCAAGAGCCUUUGCAUAUUGGACUGGCUAUGGCUGCCGCUGGCUUUGGGUUGUUUUAGUAGGGCUAGGGAGUAAAGUGCCACUGGAGAGUGGAGCUUGUCCAGUGGGGUCUGUGUGAGGAGUUUGGGGUGCGAAGGAGACAGGUAGAGUGUGGCAUUUCCUUCUUCUCUAGGUUCAACAGCUGAUAAGCACCGGGGCCCCCCCGAAGCUGCAGAAGCCCAGGCAGCAGUCG